AUGGUGCACACCCCUGUGUCGGCUCUCGGCGUGGGAUGCAGCUGCAGAUGCUGGGCUGAGAGCAGUGUGGGACACGGCUACCUGAGGGGGAUUCCCAGAAAAGACGCUUCCAUCUCAGGAUCCAGGCAUAUGCAUUGCGACCAUCACGCUGGAGCCUGGGCACAUACAAGAAGUCAGGGGAACCUACGGUACAUGCCGGAGACACCGUUCUGCCUCAGAGUUGGACACCUUCUCCCCUACUCCAUGUCAGAUUCCAACACAACUGACUUCACGAACCCCUCCACCUUCAUUCUGCUGGGCAUUCCUGGACUGGAAACAGCCCACAUCUGGAUCUCCAUCCCCUUCUGCACCAUGUACGCCAUAGCUGUCUUGGGGAACUUCACCAUCCUGUUCAUUGUGAAGACGAAGCCAAGCCUCCAUGGGCCCAUGUACUAUUUCCUCUGCAUGCUGGCCAUCAGCGACCUGGUCAUAUCUACGUCCAUUGUGCCCAAAAUGCUGAGCAUCUUCUGGUUCAAUUCCCGGGAGAUAGAUUUCAGUGCCUGCCUCACCCAGAUGUACUUCAUUCAUAGCUUCUUAGUGAUGGACUCUGGGAUCCUUGUGGCCAUGGCUUUGGAUCGCUAUGUGGCCAUCUGUGAUCCCCUGAGAUAUUCCACCAUCCUAACAAAGCCCAUGGUGGCCAAGAUCGGCCUGGCCGUGGUGCUGCGUGGUGGUAUGCUCAUACUGCCCUAUCCCUUCCUGGCCAGACAGUGGCCAUAUUGCAGAACCGCCAUCAUCCCCCACACGUACUGUGAGCACAUAGCCGUGGUGAAGCUGGCCUGUGCCGACAUCCGCAUCAGUAGUUACUACAGCCUCUCUGUGGCAUUCUUGGUGACGGGUCUGGAUGUGUUUUUUAUCACUGUGUCCUAUACCCAGAUCCUCAGGGCCAUCUUCAGCCUCCCCACAAAGGACGCCAGGCUCAAGACUUUUGGGACUUGCGGCUCCCACCUCUGUGUCAUUUUAGUCUCUUACAUCCCAGCUCUCUUCUCCUCCCUGACGCACCGGUUUGGCCACAAUGUGGCCUUGCAUUUCCACAUUCUCAUGGCCAACGUGUAUCUCCUGGUGCCCACCAUGCUGCACCCCAUCAUCUACGGGGUGAGGACCAAACAAAUCCGGAACAGGCUGCUCCAGCUACUUACUUAUAAAGGGAUGUAA